UGGGAGAAACUACAGAUGACAACAAGUGAGAGGAGGAAAAUAGUUUGUUCGGUGACGUUCCACGUAAUUGCAAUUACCUGCGUUGUUUGGUCAUUGUAUGUUUUAAUUGAUAGAACUGCUGAGGAAAUUAAACAAGGCAACGAUAAUGGUGUCCUUGAAUGGCCAUUUUGGACAAAACUCAUGGUGGUGGCCAUUGGAUUCACGGGGGGCCUGGUCUUCAUGUACGUGCAGUGUAAGGUUUACGUUCAGCUGUGGCGCAGGUUGAAAGCCUACAACAGAGUGAUCUGUGUUCAGAACUGCCCAGACACUGCCAAAAAACUGGAGGAGAAGAACUCUUCGUGCACUCAGACCUCGGAAGUCAAGGACGCAGUGGUGGUGCCAGUAGCACAGACAGGUACAAACUCUCAGCCGGCAACUGAAGAAACAUCUGAGGUCCUGCCCGUUUGA